UCAUUUCGCUUCGACAACGUGGACGAUAAAGUCACAGAUCGCGCAUCGCGAGCCCGCUCUGCCCGCUGAACUCGCCUGGUUCGCCUGUUUCCUCCGUGCGAUCCAUGUGAAAAUCGACAUUUACUAUCAGCUUAAUUGCUCUGGAUUACUUAUUGGAUAUCAUCCUGAUUUUGGAUUAUAAAAACUAAUACAACAUGCUGAGCAUUAGAAAUGCAAUGAUUGCCUUCCUUUUGGCAACGACACUUUGUAGUGGAUACGGAUUCGCGCAGGCCCAGUUGCUCGACGAGGACGACGACCUGGCCUUCGGAAGACCAUGGCCCACCUACAGCCUACAGAACAUGCCCAAGACGCAGUUCACCUGCCACGACAAGAUCCUGGGCGGCUACUAUGCCGAUCCGGAGACCCAGUGCCAGAUGUUCCACGUCUGCGUCAAGCUGCCCGGAGUGGGGCUCCUUCAUCGAAGAGCUAAUCCGUUUGUCCAACAGGUGCAGGACUACCGAUUCCUCUGUCCCAACACAACGGCCUUCGACCAGGAGCUACAGAUCUGCGCCAAUUGGUUGGAUGUGGACUGCGACAAGGCAACCUCCUUCUACGACAAUGGCCACCUCAACGAUCUCUAUAGCGGCGGAGACGAGAGUAAAUCCGCCAACGAAGAGGAGGCAACCUUCCACCUUCAACGCGCCGAAACUGGCGAUGUACGUCGCUCUAAGGAGAACCACAACAAUAACAAUAUCAAUAACAAUCGUGGAGCGGAGCAAAAACCACGCCAUCGCCACAAUUAUGCCCAGACAGGUGGCAGUUCCAGUUCCAGCUCCAGUCCAAAAUUGGAGAUCACGCAACCCACCAAGCGACCCAUUUCCACCUAUUACACGCCGACCACUUCGGGCAGCACCACCACAUCCACCACUUCGACCACAACCACGACGGAGCGCAGCUAUUACAACAACAAUUACAGCAACAAUUACAGCAACAAUGACGACUCCAAGCAAGACUUGGACGACAUCUUCAAGGGUUCCCACAGCUCACACUUCUUCUCCAACCGCCACGGGGGUCGGGAAUACGACGAGGAGCCCAGCCGUCCCAAGCCCAAUGACUUUACGGAUAACCAGCGCAAGACGACCCGGGUCACACCCACGCGAGGUGGUGCACGACCCGCUGCCGGUUCGAGUAGUGCGAUCCCAUCCAGCACCACUGUUCCCAGCACUACCAAGUCCCUGAAGAAGAUCACCUUGCAUGCCACCUUCAACACGGACUUUCUGGACAGCUCUCCGCACACCAAGAGUCCAUCUUACAACGCGGUUACCACUCCGCGACCUAGCAGCAGCAUCACCAGUCGCUUCAGCUUCGGCUCCAAUGACUUUUCCACACAGGAAAGGAUUCAGCCAACCACAUAUAAUCCCAACAACGGUGCCUACCGCUUCAAGACCACCUCGCCACCGGCCAGCUCCACCAAGGUGACGGGCAAGGGAGUCCAGGACUUUGAGAAGCGCAGCAAACCCACGACGGCGGCUGUGCGGAAACAGAAACUGGGUCCCCAGGAGUCCAACUUCAUCAACCAAAACGAGUUCGUGGAUCUAUCGAAGAGCACCAAGCUGCAGCAGCCCCAACCCUUCCAGGUUGCUCAGAAUAAGCCGAACCAAUUGGAACCACAUUACCAGCGACACAAGCCACAGGUGACCCGUGUGGGUGGCCAGGAGCCAGCUCCCUUUUCCGCACCCAGUUCCAAGCCGCGCUCUUUCACCAGCCGGGGAAGCAUCACCUACAAGGCCACCACCGAACGUUAUGCUGACCAAGAGCUGUACUAUCCCACGACCAGUUCCACAACCAGGGCCAAGGAAGCCUACACACCCACGACCUUCCGACCCACCACCUAUAAGAAACCGUACGAGCAGAGCUACCAGACGCAGCUAACCCAUCGACCCAUCCAGGCGGCCACCAAGAAGGCAGCCAGUUCGGUGACCACAGCUCCACCCACUACCGCCAAUCCACAUGCCAAUGUGGAUGAGGACGAUGGACAGUACCAUCCGGAGCUCUACGAGAACGACUUCCCACGCAAUCGCAUCCGAUUCCUGCGCAAUAGAUCCACCAGCUCGACUACCUCGACCACAAGUGCUCCUGUGGUUUCCAGCAGGCAGCCACAUGGCUUCCAGCAGUCACAUCAUCAUCUGAAGAGCCAACAGCAAUCCUUCUACCAAAAGGAGCGCGAACGGGAGCGGGAACGGGAGCGUGAGCGGGAAUCGGACCUCAGCGACGAGGAUGAGCUCUUCAAGACCGCCCAGUCACUGAAUUUUGGAGCGGCCAGCAUUAACAAACUGAGGGCGGAUAUCUACAAGGCGGAGAAGACCUCGCAGCAGUACAACUCGCAGUACAGUCCGCAGCUGGCAUCUAGUCCGCAGGCCAGCAGUAGCAGCACCACUAGCACCACCAGUACCACAACUAGCACCACCACCACUACCACUCGACGACCUCCAACCACCGCCAGAGCAACCACUACCGCCUUUACUUCAAGUGCACCACCCGUGGAGUCCAAGAAGUCGGCUAAGAGCAAAAAGGAGCAGCAGCAGCUGGAGAAGAAGGACCGACCAGCCGGCAAGAGGCCUCCACAUGCAGACGAGGACACCAGCUACGAUUACGCCUACUACGACACGGACUGAGCGGAAAUCCUGCCCAGGACUCGCACUAACUACUUGCAUAAUCACACCCAAUAGCCCUUUCCCGUACCACACAUACCCCCUACAUACAUAGGUGCCACAGUAAUUUAAAGAGAAAUCCUCCCAUGAAUAGCAUGCUCAUCGUAAUUCCAAACCCCAUUUGCAUACAUAUCUUACUUACGAACCGCUUGACACCCUUUAACACUCGCGUACAUUCAUUCAAUCCGUUUCAGAUGCGUUCUAAUGAAUUUCCAUGCGUGUAUCUAGUUAUUUAAAUAAAACGAAUAUUGUUAGUCGUUAGACAAUUGUUAAAUUGAAGCUAAUUGGCAGCGAAAACCGUAAUGAGGACCGGCUGGGGAAUGUUUUCAUAAAUUCCAUUGAACUAUUUUGUACUUGUUGUCCAAUAUUCAAUGAAUUCACUACGAAAUUGUAUUAGCCUUAAGUUUUCUUGUAAAUAAAAUGAUAUGUAA